GUUGAGAUGAUAAAGUUUGCCAUAGACUGGAAUCUGCGCACGUCACAGCCUGGAGGAAAGCUAUGGGUAGGCCAAUUCUUCACGGCCGCUUUUCAAGCAGACCCCCUUUAUAAUGAACAUUUUGCCGCACUCUCUGAGAUGGAAGCCGCAGCGAAAAUGAAGACCUUGGAUCGUCAGUACAAACAGUGGAAGCAAACAAAUGCGCAUAUAGUCACCGCCCGCAAUCGUCUUCUUAAAAUGUACGACACGGUAAGUCACAUUCUCUGUCUUCUACGUCAACCCUGUUGA